AUGGCCUCCCUCCCCUCCCGCGGCUGGCAGCGCCACGAACUACUCCAGCCCGCCACCGGCACCCGCAUCAUCAUCUGGUACCGCUCCACAAACGACACCAAAACAUCAUCCGAAGAACAGCUCCGCCACGCAAGAUACACCGUCAAGCUCGCCAUCGACUCGCUGCAGAUCUCUUUCUCAACGUUCACCACAAAGGACGAUAUCCGGCGUGCCGGGAGAGCCCUUGUGGACGCUGCGGAGCUGCUAAGGGAGCUAGCGGUGGUGAGUGAGGUGGCGGCGUAUGCGGAUGUGGCGAGGGAGCAGGAGAUGUUGUGUAGAGUGCUCGAGAGGUAUUGUGUGGGACCUAGGAGAGACUAUCCCGUUGACGUGGUGGACCAGUUGCAGCAGUAUAUUAUCGCACUGGGGAAGCUGUGA